ACGAGUUUUAUGCCGAAUUUGGCGCGGACGAUUUGUUGGUUGACCUUUUGACCGUAGCAUUGUUGCAUGCCAUUCAAAUCCUACGUAGGCCGCAGAGGCUACCGUUCCACACGUGCCCCUUGUCGGGUAAAGCUUAUUUGCAUGAGCUAAUGAAUGCUCGUGAUGAGAGGUUUCAACUUUAGCUUUGCAUGCCGAAAGACACUUUUGCAAAAAUAGUCGUAGAACUUCAACAAACCUAUGGUUGGAGUUCUUCUCGAAUGAAACAGGAUGGAGUUGACUGCUUCGAGAGUUUUGCAAUGUUCAUGCAUCUACUGAGGGGCCACUCAAACCGAAGAACACAGGAGAGGUUUCAGCACUCGGGAGACACUGUGAGCAGACAUGUGCACAAAAUAUUGGCAUGCAUGAGGAGAGGUUUCACUGCUGAUAAGUUAAAGCCAACGAGAAACCAACAUCAGACUCAUGAGUACUUGGAGAGACGCGACUUCUAUAAACCAUUCAAGGGAAAUUGUAUUGGGGCCAUAGAUGGGACCCAUGUUAUGAUAAGAUGCAAGAAGAAAGAAGACGAGAAGAGGUUCUUUUCACGGAAGGGUUAUGCCACCCAAAAUAUAAUGGCUGUCUGCGAUUUCGACCUUACUUUCGUGUUUGCAUCAGCUGGAUGGGAAGGGAUCUAUCAUGAUUAUAGCAUCUUCAAGCGAUGUGUCUUGAAUCCAAGAUAUCGUUUCCCCAAACCAGAAGCAAGAAAAUACUACCUAGUCGAUGCUGGUUAUCCCAACAGGUCGGGCUACCUUGCUCCCUACAAAGGGUUUAGGUACCACCAAGCUGAAUUUAGACGGGGUCAGCGACAACCUCGCGAUGAUAGAGAGCACUUCAAUAGGGCACACUCAUCACUGAGGAGUAUCAUUGAAAGGAUGUUUGGCGUUUGGAAAAAUAGGUUUGGUUUCCUAGCCCUCAUGCCGUGGUAUGGAAUGUCAACACAAGUGGACCUUGUGUUAGCGUCGAUGGCAAUUCAUAAUUACAUCCGUAGGGAUAGAGAACCUGAUAACUUCUUCGCUCCUGUAAGCUCGGCCUAUGAGUAUGCGUUCGAGGACUUACCAGAUGAGGACCCGGAGUUGGAAGAUAGAUUGGACGAAAGGGACGACAUUGUUGACGAAGAAAAUGUGCCAGAAAUGAAUGACGUGAGGAAUGAUAUUAGGAAAGCACUUCGUAGACUACGAAGACGUGGUAAUGUAGCUAGAUAA